GAAAGAGUUUUUGACGUAAGCCGGCUAUUUUUGAGUCAUUACACUCCGAGAAAGAAUAGCGCUGGCUCGGGUUGUAGCCGAGUCGUGCUAUCACCAAAGGUUCCAAACAUCAUUACCCGAGUGUAUACUAGUUACAAUGUUUAAUUUUGAAAUUGCAACCAUAGGAUAGUAAAUAGUUGUUAGGAGGUUUUCAGACUACAAAUAUGUACUCUAGUACACUAGUUACAUUAGUGAUAUUUCUACUAGGAGUUUUAGCUUCUGAGACUCCCACUAUAAUUCAAGAACCAUCCACAACAUCAUUAGACCCCACAGAAACACCAUCUACUAUAAUAGAUAUACUUUCAUCACAAGCUCAAUAUUCAUAUUUCUUAAGGUAUAUACAACGAAAGGGAUUAGUACCUAUAAUAAAUAGCUUAAAUAAUAUAACUUUAUUUGCUCCAAUAAAUCUGGCCUUUAUCGAAUCUCAAAUAGACGAUUUUGAUAACAAUGAACUUCUACGAUAUAUCGUCAACCAAAAGUUCAGAGUAGGGUACUCAGAUGAAAGAGAAAUGGUCCUCAAUACAUUAUACAGACUACUGGAUAAAAGAAAUUAUACUUUAAGUAUUGUACCUGAUUUACAAACAUAUGAAUAUGUGGUGGAUAAUGUCUCAGCAAUUGUAGAUCCCGACAUUUAUGCCAAACAUCAAUAUUCUUUCAUUCAAGGCAUAGAACAUUUACUACCUUCCAAAUCCAGCAUAUGUGAUAUAUUGUUAGACGACUCAUCCUAUGAAUUAAAUGGUCAAAAAAUAUCAUUUGUAAAACAAUUAUUUCAACUGGUCUUCUCUGAAGAGUAUGAAGAAUCUGGUAAAAAGAAUAAGAAAACGAAAAAGAAGAAAAAGAAGAAGAAUUCUGAUCAAGAGCCUCCUUCAAAUGUUUUCCCAGAUACUUGUGAAGAAUUCUUUAGAGGUGCCCAAACCAUAUUUAUACCUAACGACGAAGUGAUUAAGAAAUCUUUAUCACCCCUUCAAGAACGAUACUAUUUAUCAUCAUUUCAUUCACUAAACAGUACUAAGUUUGCUACUACUGAUGAAGCCUUUGUAGAGGUGGAAAACGAUAUAUUUUCGUUGCUUAAGCAUCACAUAUUGAAAGACUUAAUAUUUGGUGCAAAUGGUACUACUACUAAAAAGCUGCAUGCCAGCAUAGAUAAAAGUUCAUCAUAUUUGAUUAAAUUAAAUCAAACAUCUAUAAUUGUUAAUGAUAAAAUAAAAAGCAUAGCUUCAUAUCUUGCUUCUGAUGCAGCUGUACAUAUAUUCGGUAUUGACUCCUUACCGAAACAUCAUAAAUUCUUUCAAAGUUUGAAUAUCCCUACAGUAUCUAUGAUACCCAGAAAGGGUCUAUUUGCUUUACAUUUCUCUAAUUUUGUGAAAGAAUUGACUUUCAGAUCACUUGAGUAUCUCAUAGACGGAUCAACGAGCAAUCAAACUUUAUUCAUAGAAAGAGAUCAAAAAGAUGAUAUAAUGGAUGAUGAUGAUGAAGGAGAUUUCAUGACUUAUUCGUUCAGUUCUAAGCAAAAUUUACUUUAUCAGUUUGCUGAGGAACCUGUAGAUUUGUCCAAUAUAACAGUAGAAUCAAAAGAAUAUCAUAAAUUACUUGAUUCGAAAUUAUGUUCCAAGAAAAGAAUAGGGGGUUGUUUUAAACUUAAAUUAUCAUCCUCAAAAUACGAUGGUGAAUAUCGUACCACAUUAAAUGAUGAUAUUGAUAUAUCAGAUAUACCAAUCGAUUUAGGAAACAAUACUAUGGUUUACAUAGCAGAUUCUGAAAUAAGUACUCCUGAUUCUUUUAAACAUUCAGUAGGGGCUUUAAUGUCAGAUGGUUCAAUUCAUAGACAUUUAGAACAUAUAAGAAUCGAUCAAGAAACUUGUCUUACUACAAUGCAAUAUCUUAGUGAUUUUAAUUUGUUCUCACUUGAUGAGAAUAAUAAAGGUUAUUCGGUAUUUUUACCAUGUGGCAGUAAUUAUCAUUCACAUGGAUCAUGGAAAGAUUUAGGCUUAGUUUUGAACUAUUUGGAAUCGAAUCCUGCUUUAUUCCGGAAUGUAUUACAAGGUAUGUUCAUUGAAGAUACUAUAUAUUCUGAUUUUGGACUUGAUGAACUUGAUGGCGAAAAUAAACUGGUUACUGUCACCAAUCUUAAUGGAAGUCCAGUGACUGUAGAGAAUUAUUCCUUUAAAGGUGGGUAUGAUCACGUUAUAAGCUUGAAUAACUCUCAAGUUUCAUUACCAUUGAAUUCAGAUAUACUUUUCAAUGAAGGAGUGAUUCAUAUUAUUAAUAAAGUAAUUUUGCCACAAGACUUUUCCAUUCCAUUUGUUGAUCUAAUCAAAACUACAAUUAAUGAGAACUACCCAGGAUAUUCAAUACUUGAUCUUAUUGAAUUGUUUCCCAAAGUCAGUAAAGCUUUAGGAUUGAAAGGAAACCAUACAAAUCAUUAUUCUCUAUUGGUUCCUAGUCCUGAAUCAUUAAGAGAUUUCAAUAUUACUACUGAAUUUACAAGACUAUUAGAAUUUCUUGAGUUUCAUUUAAUUCCUAAUGAUCAAAUGGGAACUUUAAUGGAUUGUGUCGGCGAUAAAUCAUAUCAUAGUAAUUCCACUGAAUUUAUUAUAAGUACCAACUUAACUAAUACAUCCUUAGCAUGUUAUAGAGAUCACAAGAAUGAUAAAUUAUAUUUAAAAUUGAAAGAACACAAUUUUAAUAGUUCUGAAAUUGGUGCUUUAUCAUAUAACAAAGAUCAUGAAGUUAGAUUAAUCAAUUAUGGUUGUACUGCCCCCAAUUAUCUUGAAGGUUCUUGUGUUUUCUUAAUUGAAAAGCCUUUGAACUUAAAAUGGCUCGAGAAAAAGAAAGACAAUUUCCUAGAUAUUCAUCUUGGAUUUAUAAGUAUUGGUGUUGGUGUAAUCUUAGGUUUAGCCAUUUUUGGUCUUGUAUUGCUAGGAGCUAUUUUCUGUUUGGGACGUAGUCGAAACAGUCUUGACAAACCGUAUCUGUUUGAUAAUGAUUCUACCUUUCCUCGAGCUGAAUCUAGCUUUAUGAGAGUAUUGACUGAUGACGAUAGUGAGGAUUAUGAUAGAGCAUAUGAUGUAGGAUAUGAGACUGAUUUAGAUAUGCUCCGAACUGAAUCAGAUAUGUUAUUACCCUUACAUGGAAAGAGAAAGAGAAAAGGUCGUAAGAGAGAUUAUGGAUCGACUGCAAAUGGGGUUAUUGGACCUACCAAUAUACCUUCUUCAACAAAUGGGACAGCUACUCGUAGUAUUAAAAUCAACGGUAUAUCCAAAACAUUAAAUAGAGAACGGAAUAUCCCUGGUGAUCCGUUUUAGUAUUUAGAAAUUUCGUAUCAGUAAUUUAAUGCAAAAUAUUUAUUUAUUAA